AUGCCCCGGCCUCGACAACCAAAACGGCACUUUAGCACCACUUUGGUUGGUCGCAAAGAUGAACACUCUUCCUCUUCCUCCUCGUCCACUUCUGCCCCAGAACCGCAGUCAAGACUCUACACGUUCACAGACAUGCAGUCCCUCGCAUCCAGCCCCGACCCAAACCGCAUCAUCGUCGACGUCCGCGAACCCUCCGAGUUAAAGUCCACGGGCAAGAUCCCUGGCUCGCGCAACCUCCCAAUAAAAUCCGCGGCCGACGGCUUCUUUCUGGGACCGGAGGAGUUCGAAGAGAGAUUCGGGUGGGAGAAACCCUCGCAGGAUGACGAGGUCAUAUUCUAUUGCAAGGCCGGCGUGAGGAGUCAGGCGGCGGCGAGGUUAGCAGGACAAGCCGGCUUUGGCGGUAAGAUUGGCGAGUUUCCGGGAAGUUGGUCUGAAUGGGCUGAGAAGGGUGGGGAGGUGGAAAGAGUGGAUUGA